UCAUGAUGGUAGUUAGUUAUAUUUUUAUGAUUUUUGGCAUUUUCAAGAGUCGAGUUUGGGAGAUUUUAUGCCAGUGUCGGGCAGAUUCGCCGUUUUUGAGAUGGUCACACUGACUACACCUACCUACUCUUUGGCUAAAUUGCUGAAUUGAAGUCGGAGAAGACAUACCUACCUACCGACCUACCUAGUACAUACAUAUACCUAGAUUACCUACUAAUCUAUGGCACAGCAGUAAUUACAUACUCUUUGGGUGAAGGUGCCAGUUUCCAGCACUUCCAGUGUAUUUUUUACUUUCAGCACCGACUGUGUAAAAUCUAAAUGCAAAUAAUUUAAAAGUAUAGAAUUGUUUUGAAACUAUUUUUAUUAAACAAUUUAUGUGAGAGAGCUGUCGCCAAGCUUCUUACUUUCCAUUGUAAAUUAUUUAUUACAAAAAUAUCUAGAAGGUACAUACUUGUUUCCAAAAUAAAAGUGAGUGUAUUUUAUAUUAUUAUCUCUACAAAACUAACGCAAAACCACGCAAAACUAUGUCAAACGUAGUGACGUCACAGCCAAGACAAGAGGCAAAGAUUAAUUCAAAAGAACUGCCAUCGUCCGAAAUAAAUUGUGAGAGGUGUCGCAAAGAUGACGACCAGUGUUGCUUCGUUUACUUCUACUCGUUAUACUGUAAUCAAUGGCGCUGUUCUGGCUGCUGUGAUGAGGAAAAACAAAAGCGACGGAGUCCACAAAGACGUGGAGUGAAUCAUUUUACUAGUGAUCGGAGACCUCAAAGGCGUGUAGUGAAUUAUUAUGGCAAUGAUAAUCAUAUUAUGUUUAACGAUGAUGACAUUACAAGAGGCUUCUUAUACGAUGACAAUGGCUUUAUACAUACAUACAGCGACCAUAGGCAAAACGACAAUCACGAAUAUGGUGAACCUAUUGACAAUAAUUAUGUGGGUCAUUCUGAAGGCGGAGAUCACUUGCGUGAUAUUGGCAGUCAAGGUCAUGUUGGGAGCGGACAUCGCUCUGUGGGCCUUUCUGAAGGCGAAGGUCACAGAGGUGUUCGUUUAUGUUAUUCAAGGGACGAAGGUCAUUCUGGAGAACCAGUUGAACUUGGAGGUCGCUCGAACGAUAAUGAUGGCGAUGGAGAUCGUUCGGGGAGUGCACGUCCCUCGGGUACUAGUGGAGGUAACUCUUGGGAACAUUCUAAAAGCGGGGGAUACUUAGGUGUUAGUAGUGGGGGUGAAGGACACUGUGUCAGCGGAGGUCAUGCGGUGGGUGGAGAUGAUUCUGAUAUGCAUAGUUGGGACAGAGAUGACCCUGGUUGUAAAAGUGAGGGCAAUAAUGCAGGAGGUGACGCUACUGGUGACUGUGGAGGUGGUGAUACUUGGGGUGAUUGUGGAGGAGGUGAUACUGGGGGUGACUGUGGAGGAGGUGAUACUGGGGGUGAUUGUGGAGGAGGUGACACUGGGGGUGAUUGUGGGGGCGGUGGAGAUUAAUAGCGAUAUAUUAUUUGCUAGCGGAUUUGCCCCAGAUUCGCAAAAGGAGGCUUAUCUAUUGUAUAGAUAAAAUGUGAAUGUUUUAUGUAACAUCAUCUGCAUAGAUUUGAAAAUAUCUUGUUGGAACACUUUCAUUUUCCGGAGCUCUUUCUCUAAUAUAUUUUACAGUGGUACUAAUUGCCUACAAUAAGUAAGUACCUACAUUUUCUUUGCAAAAAAGAAUUUUAAGUGAUAGUUGACAGAUAGAGGUCAUUGACUUCCUUAUUCUUACUUUGGACGCAUUUUAAAAUGUAUCCAUUUAUUAUGUAUAGUGGCGAGUGUCGCCUAUUUAGGCUGUCUGAUACAUCUACGAAUUUUUUAAUCUUUGUAACUGGCGCCGAAACAAUGGUGAAUUGACAUUUGACACUGACAGAAGCACGACAGAAGCUUUUUUUUUUAACAGGACGAAUUUCACGUCAGUUAAAUUUUGUUUUGUUUUUUUUUUUAAGUUCACAUUUCAAAUUCAAUUUUCAUUUGUUACUUUAAGGUACAUACAUUACAUUAUUUAAGUAUUUACAAUUUAGUUUAAUAAGGUUUCCUAGUAUGGUGUUUGAGUUACAUUAUCAUACACGUUCUUAAUUUAAAUCAUGAUUCAUGAGAACCUCAUUGCAAUUUUGCAUCGUGACUCGUGUGCCAAGUAAUUAUUAUACCAAACCAGUUCUUCAAAAGCGUGCACUUAUCCUGUUUGCUCAUAGCCAUAAUUGAAUUCCCACUCGAAUUCUAAUAAUACUCAGAAACAGCUAUACAGUGCUCUCCGGUUGUGGGUGUUAUAAGACAAUUAUUGUGUGUUACUUAUUUUGAACCAUUGAACUUUAAAAAUAAAGACGUGUAUACUACAAAAUAUAUUGCAAUUUAAGGAAUACCUAUUAUAAAAAAGUUGAAAAAAUAAAAGUAAUGUCAGAUCCAAUCACUACCCAACCUCAGCCUGCAACCAACAUUAAUGAGAAUCCAAACAGUGAUCCAACAGAUACCUUUUUAAAUGUAAGUCAAAACCCCGAAGUUUUGCAGCCACUUGAAAAUGAGGUAAUACCUGAUGAGGAAGAGAGAAAAAAGAA